AUGCGAUCUCUCCCCGCGGGCGUCCAACGCUGGACCACAAAGCACGUGGUGGGUAUGUGCGGUGUCGGCAAGUUUAAGGUACGAUGGGGAUAUGACACAUCUGCUGCAUGCCCAUGCUGUGGCGAGUUCAAAGAUCACCUACACGUACCUCGAUGUAGGGCUCCAUCCGCCAGCGCUGAAUGGGAUCGCCAGACAGUGGCCCUGGACUUAUGGCUGGACACUCAAGUGACAGAUCCGGCCAUCAAACAUGCCCUCCUCUCCCUUCUUAAAGGGGUUUGCGAUCCAUCCCUCCCGUCCAUUCGAAUGGUACCAGGUGGACUGAGCAGCGCCUUCCGCUCCCAGCAACGCAUUGGUUACCAAGGCUUGUUGGAAGGAAGAUUGUCCCGCCAAUGGGCCCCAUUGCAGGAGGAAUAUCUGCAGUCGCGCGGGAGCCAACGCUCUCCGACCUUAUGGGCCUCACGCCUCUCGCAUCAGUUGAUUUUGCUGGGCUUCCAGUUGUGGGAACAUCGGAACUCGGUACAACACUCGGAGGACAAUGUACAGUUACAAGAGCGCAGCCAACAGGUCAACGACGGAAUACACAACCAGUUUGAUAUGGGUCCCACUGACUUACCUAAGGUUGUUCAACGCAUGCUUUCGGUCAAGCGCCGGACAGUCUUGAACAAACCACUGGUAGACCGUGAGGAGUGGCUGAAGCUGGUGAGGAUGGAACGCACGGCCUACCGCCGCGCUCUGGCGCCUCAACGCCGUAUUCUUCAUCGCUUCUUCCACCCUGCGGACCAUUCCCCUUGA